CUCCCCCUAUCCUAUCCUCCUUUUUCCUCUCUACUCUUUCGCUCUCUCUUUCUGGGACAGGAAAUGGCGAGCACUCUCUCCACAUUCACGCUCCGGUGCCCCUCUUAUUCUACCACCUCGCCAUCUCCUUAUCCUACACACAACCCCAAGCCCAACCUCCUCCACUUCCCCUCUACCUCUACUUCUAGCCUCACCCACCGUUGCACCCAUGUCCGUCCUGUCUCCGCCGUGUCCGCCCCCGAGAAGAUCGAGAAGCUCGGCGCCGACAUUUCCAGCCUUACCCUUGAAGAGGCCAGAACCCUAGUCGACUACCUCCAGGACAAGCUCGGCGUCUCCGCCGCUUCCUUCGCCCCAGUCGCCGGCGUCGCAGCCGCACCAGGAAUUGCCGCCGGAGACGCCCCAGCGGCCGUAGAGGAGAAGACCGAGUUCGACGUGGUGAUCGAGGAAGUACCCAGCAACGCGAGGAUUGCGGUGAUCAAGGCUGUGAGGGCUCUGACUAGCCUGGCGUUGAAGGAGGCUAAGGAGCUCAUCGAGGGUUUGCCCAAGAAGUUCAAGGAGGGAGUGUCCAAGGACGAGGCAGAUGAGGCCAAGAAGCAGCUUGAGGAGGCUGGGGCUAAGAUCGCCAUUGUUUAAAUUUUACUUUUGUUUUUCGACUGGUAAUUCGAGGUUAGUUGGUAGACAUGUUGUUCAUUGGGCAGUAUAGUGAAAUGUGAUUGAUUUUGUUCUCAACUGAAUGGGUAUUUAACACUGUAAUGAAACUGGGUUCCGCUUCUUGAAUGGCAGUGUUUUCCCAA